AUGGUGGGUCUAAGUAUUGUUCUGGAGACGUCUAACAACACUCUCCGUGACGGCGUUACCAGUCCCAAACCGCAUCAAGUCGUCAACAAAUCCUCCGUCAUGGUCACCGCCUCCGAUCUCUGCCGUGAAACUAAUUAUCCGGAUUCUGGAUUUCUCGAACGUUGCUUUCUCUGCAGAAGGAAACUUCUUCCAGCCAAGGAUAUCUACAUGUAUAAAGGAGAUAGAGCGUUUUGUAGCGUGGAGUGUAGAUCGAAGCAGAUGAUCAUGGACGAAGAAGAAAGCUUGAGGAGAGAGAACUGCUCGUUUACGUCUGUCAAAACGACGAGGUCUGAUUCUCCGGCGACGGCGACGUCACCUUCAGGCGGCCAUCACCGUCAACGCCGGGAUCCGAGAAACCGAGCAGGCGGUUUCACGUACUGA